UCAAAUGACGAAGGCUUCAGUUUAGAAGGCACCGUGCUUCACUAAACAACCGGCAGUCACUCUGCCAUUCCCGAAUUCGACGUGUGUAAAACGUGUUAAAGUUAGCUCAACUGACCGGACUUCAAGCCGUCAUUGUCUUGAUGUACAGGAGUUAAGUGGAUGUGUAUGUGUGAUGUACGCAUCGUGGUUUUAGCGGGGCGGUUACUUAUAACUUCAUGAAUUGUGGAAUAGCUUACUCAGAAACGCGCGUUUUGAUUGGUCGAGCUCCGCCAGAUGAGAAUCAGCUGCCAGAAGCCUGUGAUCAGCUGAGCCAAGUCACGCUGUCCUUGCACUUAUUGUGGAGCAGCAAAAUGGCGAGUAAGUUUGCGCUAUGGAAGCAAGAUGAGCCGAAGUUCCCCGACACUCUGGACGGCUUCGGAUACCGUUUUCAAGAUGGAAAACUUAGGAAUAUUGAGACGGGCCGUCCAUUUGAAUUCGUGGUCCGCGAAGGUGACCAGGCAUACAACCAGAAACAUUAUGAAGCACUUGGAGAGAUGGUAACAGAGGAAGUGUACAAGCUCUUAGAAACAGAAUGUGAUCUAAAACGAGCAGAGGUCCCGCGCAACUGCAAAGAGGACGAACCACAGACUUUUAUAUUUGCGUCAGAGGAUGUGAUGACCAACGAGAAACUCAUGGUACUCAUUCACGGCAGUGGAGUCGUGCGGGCGGGACAAUGGGCUCGCAGGUUGAUCAUUAAUGACUCCUUAGACUCAGGGACACAAAUUCCAUAUAUCAAAAGGGCCAUGAAGGAUGGCUAUGCUGUCCUAGUCAUGAACACAAACGACAAUUUUCGGAUCAAGAAGAAGAAACAAGUUCCCAUAAGAGAAAGCGAGUCCCCGGAAGACCAUGCCAUCCAUGUCUGGAAGCACUACUUGCGAGAAACCAAGGCAGAGCAUAUUGCUCUCGUGGCGCAUAGCUUUGGAGGCUGCGUCACUACGGCACUGUUUGAGAAAUUCAAAGAAGAAUUCCAGAAGCGUGUGUUUGCGGUGGCCAUGACCGACUCUGUCCAUUAUAUUUACAAACCCUCGGAGUUUAAGGAGCUGGUCAAGAUUUCAUGCAACUGGGUGAGAAGUCAGCACCAGCUGGGUACCAAGCUGGAGACAAAGCAGGGUGACAUCCAGCGAGUUUCAUCAG